CUGCGCAGGUAAAAGGUUGCUUGUACACUUUUUCGUUAUCAAUGCUGAAACUUAAAGUUCGGGGAAAUUUUCUGAGAUCCUUUGUUCAUCUGGUCACAAUAAGUCGCAUAAUGGGUGAUAUGUUUGUGAAAUCUACCGAUUGUGGCCCCAGUUCUCGGGUUAAAUUGGCGGAAAGUGAAUUUGCCCAACGGUUAUUGCAACAAUGUCGCCAAGUGGAAAAACCCAAAGCUACAUUGGAUUUGAAUGCAUUUCAAGCGUUAUCUGAGAGGUUUCCCGCCAAGUUUGGCAUCGACACAUGUCGGGUUAAGGCGCAACCGGCGGAUCGCAGUGAGCAAAUCCGGAAGCAGAUUGCCUCCGCCUAUCCGGUGAUUCACGAACGGACUCUACUGUUAUACGCCAAUUUCCUGGAGCACAAGCUUAAGUUCGGCAGCGAUCAGGAGAAGAGCCUUUACACGAACAUGACUCUGGUGGACUUUGUGCAGCGCCUUCUGGCAAAGAGAUGUGUGUGGUUCUUGGGCGGAGGAGACUACUACCACACCAUGGAUGGGGAAACCGGAAGCGGGGGCUUCGAGGAGGUGGGCACGCCCGCAGAAAAACACCCGCUGAAGCUAACCUCCGUACUCAGCUACGACGAGAUCAAGUUGUCCGCCCUGCUCUACGUUUCCACCCACUCGGAGUUCAUCAACACGGGGCGCAGGGAAAAUGCCGGCGAGGUGACCCAGAAUAAGGAUACCAUCGAACGCGAGGGCGUGAUAGUUGGACUAAUUGGAGCCCGUUUCGAGCGACCCGAUGUAAUGGAGUACCAGGAUAUCAUGAUUACAAAGAGCCAAAACACCCAUACCAGGGGCUAUGGUUUGCGCAACUCCUCCUCGACUGAUACCGCCACUCCAGCCGCAGAUCUCCGUAGAGUGUGGAGGGAAUUCUACGGGGAGCCCAGAGAUUUCAUCUAUGGGGAAACACCCAAAAACGAUGAUCGCUUUGAGAAGGUUCCGGAAGGUAGGUUCGAUCAUCAGGUGAUGCGCAAGCGAUUUGGCAUCAGUUUCGAUACCCUCCUCCUGGAGGCACAGUCGCGAGCCGAGAAGAUUGGCAAGCCCGCCUAUAUCCAUGUGGUGGGCAUCGGGUUGGGUGUUUGGAGGGCCACCGAGCGGCAGAGGCAAACCUUCUUCGAAGCCUUCGAGGAACGAUUGCACGCACUGGGCGAACGACUCAGUCACAUCGGUGUGGUGGACUUCUCCUGGAUGCAUUUGACCAGAGUGGGCAGCCUGUACGAUGGAGCCCUGUUUCCCGUGGACAAACAUCCGCAAGGUGGCAUACGCAUCCGCAGUUCGAAACGUAAUCCAGCCGACAAACUGGCGGAGGACAUGCUGCUAGUGGUCACCUAUGCCUGGGAUGGAAAUGCCCUUCCCGGCAACGAAUUUUGGGCGGGAAGCCUGACCGGCAGUGGAGAUCCGGCAGCCGCUUGUUCCACUUUGAUCUCAGAGCUCCAGAAUACCCACGUGAAUGUGGACUACAUGAGUGGGUCCAAUCUGCACAUCGCAUCCCUGGAGCAUGGAUUGCUCCAUGUGGGUGAUUACGCCAAAUGUGUAACUGUCUAACCCUCCAUUAUUUAUUUUUACCCUAACUAAUACUCCAUUCAGCUAUAUUAUCUUAAAAUGUAUACAAAAAAUACAAGAUGCAGCAUUACAACAUAACUUUAAAAACUCGAAAACUUGCCAAAAUAUAUACAACUGUGUUAUUUAAGGGGGUAUUCUGGUUUAGAAGCCUGAAUUUUAGGCAAUAUAUAUAUGUUCUUUU